AUGGGUCUCUGCUCUGGCUCUCUUGCUCGCGGUCAGCUUGAGACUAGCUCCAUAAAUUCUCCCACUUUCGAAUCAACCGCUACAAAUAUCACUGGAAGUGAGAACAAGUCCAUUAAUGCUUCUCCUAAUCGGCAUGUGGAGACUAAUUAUCACUUGAAGGUGUUUAGUUUAAGGGAUUUAAAAGCAGCCACAAAGAACUUCAAACCAGACUUAUUGCUUGGAGAGGGUACAUUUGGUAAAGUUUACAAAGGUUGGUUGGAUGAGAAAACAUUUUCACCAACUGAUAAUGUUGGCAACAGAAUCAAGGUUGCUGUCAAGACACUCAGAUCCGAGAAUCUGCAAGAGUACUUUCAAGAGUGGCAGUCAAAAGUGAAGUUUUUGGAGACCCUUUCUCAUCCAAACAUAGUCAAGCUAUUAGGUUAUUGUCUGGAAGAUAGGGUGAUUCUUCUUGUCUACGAGUUCGUGCCUAAGGGAAACUUGGAAAAUCAUCUUUUUAGAAGGAUUCCUAGUAAUGAACUAUUAUAUUGGAAUACACGGGUCAAGAUAGCUAUUGAUGUUGCAGAGGGCUUGGCUUACUUGCACGCCUCAGAAAAUCAAAUCAUUUUAAAAAACUUUGAUACCUCAAAUAUUCUACUUGAUGAGAGUUACAGUGCAAAAAUUUGUGACUUUGGCUUGGCCAAAUUUGGGCAUAUAGGAGAGGAAUCGCAUUUGAAUAAUGCCGCGAUCCAUGUGUCAAGUCAUGCUGCGCCAGAAUAUAUUCAUUCUGGGCGCUUGAAUGUGAAGAGCAAUGUGUACGGAUAUGGUGUAGUGCUUCUUGAAAUGCUGUCAGGUUUGAGAGCACAUGAUCUGAAGCGGCCAGAUAGGCAGAGAAAUUUGGUUAAGUGGGCUAAGCCAUGUCUCUCUCAUAAAAGAAAAUUAAAAACGAUAAUUGAUUUCAGGAUUGAAGGUCAAUACUCACUCGAUGCGGCAUUCCAAAUAGCUCAGCUCAUUCUCCAAUGCUUGGAAGAUUAUCCCACACUUCGUCCUUCUAUGAACCAUGUGGUGGAGGCGUUGCAUGGUGUUGAAGCUAUCUCAUAA